AAGAUUUCGAGGUAGAUUUCACUCAUUCGCCGCCGACCAACCUCGCUCCAUCAGCUGCGUAUACAAGCCGCCAGGAUGCCCCAAAACGAGUACAUCGAGCGCUUCCAAAAGCAGCACGGCAAGCGUCUCGACCAUGACGAGCGGGUCCGCAAGCGCGCCGCACGAGAAACCAAACAUGUUUCGGAGAAGGCGCAGAACCUGCGAGGCCUGCGGGCUAAGCUACACCAGCAGAAACGGCACAAGGAGAAGAUUCAGAUGAAGAAGCAAAUCCGGCAACAAGAGGAGAAGAAUGUCAAGGGUUCCGAAGAUACCGGACCCGGCAAGACGCCAUUACCGUCCUACCUGCUCGACCGGAGUAACGCUACCAAUGCGAAAGCGCUGAGUUCGGCGAUCAAGAACAAGCGCGCAGAGAAGGCAGCCAAGUUCUCCGUGCCAUUGCCGAAGGUGAGAGGCAUCAGCGAGGCGGAGAUGUUCAAGGUGGUGAAGACGGGCAAGAAGACGGCGAAGAAGAGCUGGAAACGCAUGAUCACCAAGCCAACAUUCGUCGGCCCGGACUUUACGCGGCGGCCUGUAAAGUACGAGCGCUUCAUACGACCGAUGGGUCUGCGAUAUAAGAAGGCAAACGUGACGCAUCCGGAGUUGGGUGUGACCGUGCAGCUACCGAUUAUCAGUGUGAAGAAGAACCCGCAAAGUCCGAUGUACACGCAGUUGGGCGUUUUGACGAAAGGCACGAUCGUGGAAGUGAACGUGAGUGAGUUGGGCUUGGUGACGGCAGGUGGUAAGGUUGUUUGGGGACGGUGGGCGCAGGUGACGAACAACCCGGAGAAUGAUGGGUGCUUGAAUGCCGUGCUUCUGGUGUAAGGGGCGCCAUCGAAUCGAGAGGUUAUUGUUUCUCAAGUAACGAUGGGUUGUGAUGCUGCCCUACGAGCACGCCAUGCGAUUGCCGCGCAGAGGAGAUGGGCAC